AUGUCGAUAGAGCGUUACCUUCAGGCACCGUUGGAAGACGAACCAGCUUCAGUUCCUGCGAUCAACGCAGCGCUCAAGGAAAGUAGCUCGCCCGCCUGGAUCGAACGCCGGGCCCAUUCACGAGACACGUCCUAUGAUGCCAAUUCAGAAGGGCGACGGACCUUCUACACCUCAGCAAGCGGCCAAGAGUCCACAGGUACCUCUUUCAGCAUCGGGCCUCGACCAAAUCAUCAUCAGAGAAGCAAUAUCCACCUUGCGAUGCCUCCGCUCCCGAGACUUCGAACGGAUGCCCUAGUGCGUGACGACGUUCGUUCGCCUGACGAACCGAAUACCGGAAAAACGUUUGAUUCCGAGAGGACAUUGACAGACCAACAUGAGAUAAGCCCGCCGGGAAAGUCUGUUGAUAGUGCUUACCGAGCGAGAGUCGAGGCUGAGCUCGCACGUAUACAAGAAAAAGCUCGAAGACUUGAGGAAGAGAUGCGGAGAUUCAACCAGUGGAAAGAGAACGAAGAGUUGCUCGUCCCAAGGAUCACGGACGAGAUGGCUCAUCAGCAAAUGGCAUUGAAGCCCAAGUUGGCCUGGAUUCUGGGCGAAGAUAGCACAAAUAUUAGCAGCACGGACAGGCCGAUGACGAGCACCAGCGUCACUGCUGAUGCGUUGAACGAUACGCCGAGUCGACCAGCUACCAGUGGCAGAUCAACAGGGUCAAUGCCGGAGAAGGUUCCCAGGAGAAGCAAGUCAAGCAGUGCUCUCAUCGAGGAAUCUCAUUGGGCAAGUGACAAGAGAAGGAGUGUGCUGGUGCGACGAACGUCAAGCAAGCGUCCCAAAUUCUUCUGUACCUUUUGCCAGAAGAGAUUUCACAAUCGGGCUGAAUGGAUGGGUCACGAAAAGAACAUCCACAUGCCAGAGGAGCUGUGGAACAAGUUACUGUCAGAGCGGACUUUCGACAGGAAGGACUAUUUCUUGCAGCAUGUCGCCCAAGAACAUAACGUUAGCGCCGGACAGAAACCUCUUCGACUCACGCAAUUAGUUGAGGCUUGGAAACGCCCUCUGCCCCUGACACAGGGACAUCAAGCCCUUCAUUGUGGCUUCUGUGGCUUGACUUUCUCAACAUACGCAGAACGUACAGAACAUGUUAACAGCCAUUUUAUGAGAGGCGCCGAUAUGGUGUCAUGGUGGAAUGAGCGUAAGAGCCAUCAUGUGAUGCCACCUGCAAAAGGUGGGCUCAGAGGCAACCCCGCAAGUCCUCAUCGGUGUAACUAUUGUAAUCGUACUUUCGCAACGCUCGAGGCAGCACUGACAAAGCAUCCUGUGUGCAAUAUGUGGUCGUGCAGCUUCCUGCCUGGCAUGCAAUAUACAAUCUACCCUUCUGGCUCGGAUGAAGGCCUCGAAGCCGUGUGCUGUUACUGUAACGAGGGCUUCAGUAGAGGCAAUGGAAAGGUCAAGGGCACACUUCUAAAGGCGCAUGUCAGCACCCAUAAUUUUCGCAACUGCAACCAGAGUUUGUACUUUUCAGCCCAGCAGUUCCGUCAGCAUCUUCAAGACAACCACAGAAUUAAUUACGAUGGUACACUAUUUGCGGGGUGGACGCUGCUCCUGAAAUCAAGCAAGAAGGAGCGGAGCGCUAUCUUCGAAUCGGUUGAUGUGAGCCCGAAGCGAGCCUACACAGAUCCGGUGGUAGUAGUGCCCAAACAUCAACUCAAGAUGACGAAAGAGGUACCCGAGCCGAAGAUGAACUUUAUGGACUUCUCAGAGACACCGCAGUUCGCACCGAAGAAGAAAAUACGGCGCAAAGCAAGUUCGCAAACCAUGCGCGAUGCUCCUAACAAAGCAAUGCGUGAAUCGACGGUCGAGUUCAGACAUGCCGCGACGAUCGAUUUUGCACGUGGUGACGGUUCUGCCAGAACAGUCCCAAACCAUUGUGACACUACAGCGGCGUAUGCUGUCGAUGCUGCUACAUCGGGUUUGCAGUUCUUUCGCAGGAGAAUCGAGGGUUCGACACGCAACAGGCUGUAUAUGCGCAACGAGACUGAAGGACCGCUCACAAAGAGCUCGCAGAAGCUCUUCCGCAAGAUACCUGCGAGCGCUUUUGGUGGUCUAGUUCUAUACAGCUCGCUGUUGGCUGCGACGCCAGCGCGCUUAACGAACUCGGUUGAUAUCUAUUCAUUACAUUGAGCAAUAUAAUACUGCGUUUCGUCUCGUUGGGCACAUCGCUUUCUUCGGCGCGUGAUGGAUUUCCCAUCUAGUGUGCACCGCCUGCCCGACAUUUGCGUCGAUCCGGAGUCCAGAAUCCAGGUUGCAGAUUCACAUGCGGGAGGCCGCAACGCCAGCAUUGUUGUUGCCGGUGUCCAUCCGUACGUACCGAGUGUUAACCACUUAAAACGGGCGGAGCAAGCACAUUGCCUACCGCACGGGUGGUAGCCUGCCAGCAUCGGCAGAUAAUCCCAGAGGACAUUUUGGUACGACAAGCCAGGGCAAUUUGGUGACAAAUGGUAAUCGAUUUAGCUGGAGUUGAAGGAUAAAUGUGGGUUGUACAGAAAGUGGGCAUUUCGGCGGUGGAAG